CGUCUGCCCGUCUGCCACUGGGUUUUGAUAUUCGACGGGCCAAAAAAAUAUCUGUGCGGGGGCUCGUGUCCCCAGGAUACCUUGUGCGCGUGUUCGCCGGUGUGUGUGAUUUUUUUCUUGGGCGAAGGUGUAGUCAUGUCCAGUUCGGGCGAUUUCGGCAACCCUCUGCGAAAGUUCAAGCUUGUGUUCCUGGGAGAACAGAGCGUUGGGAAAACUUCCCUCAUUACACGUUUCAUGUAUGACAGCUUUGAUAACACAUACCAGGCCACAAUAGGCAUAGACUUUUUGUCCAAGACCAUGUACCUAGAAGACCGCACAGUUCGUCUACAGCUGUGGGACACAGCAGGCCAGGAGAGAUUUAGGAGCCUCAUUCCAAGUUACAUCAGAGAUUCUACAGUCGCUGUAGUUGUUUACGACAUAACCAAUGCCAACUCAUUUCAUCAAACAUCCAAGUGGAUAGAUGAUGUGCGGACGGAAAGGGGGAAUGACGUUAUAAUCAUGCUUGUUGGCAACAAAACUGACCUUUCUGACAAGAGGCAGGUGACGACAGAGGAGGGCGAGAGGAAGGCAAAAGAGCUCAAUGUUAUGUUCAUAGAAACCAGUGCAAAGUCUGGCUACAAUGUCAAGCAGCUCUUCAGACGUGUGGCAGCUGCCCUACCAGGAAUGGAGAACACGGAGCGAACGAAAGAAGACACUGUUCCGCUGAAGCCCCAAGAACCGCCAAAGGUGAUGAAGGAUGAAGAAGGCAGCUGCAUCUGCUAGAAAAUGAGACAUAGGCUUUGUCCAAGAAGCUGCAGCCGUUGCUUUAUUUCCACACCCUGUCGCUCCCCACCGCUGCCAUAGCUGCUGCUGCUACUGCUGCUGCACGUGCAGACAGAGCUUUUUAUGUUCCUUAGGAAAUCGAGCUUGCAGCAGAGGUGCACGAUUCAGGGUGAGAAGAGUUGGAGGAGGUGAGGAGGAGACGAAUGAGAGCUGCUAAGUAUCCUGUGGCUUCUGAAGUUUGCAGACCAAGUAAGAUGGCUUGCACUGCAAGCUGCAAGUUGUAAGGAGUACUGACAUGAACUAGCAGUGGAAGAUCCACUGGCAAGUGCCAAAGCACCCGAGGUAACUUAUUAUAUAAUACUUGUUUCUACAAAUUUGCUUUGGUUUUGGUACCAAGGAGGCAUAUACACAGGCUCGCUUUGUGCGAUUGCUUUGGCUGCCACAUGCAACUGCAGUCCACAAGGCAACAUCGCCAUACCCAGCCUUUCCAUCUCUGUAAACCGGAAAAUUUUCCUCUGUGUCACGAUAACUUUAGGGAGUGUUAGCUGGUCUGUUAACAUAUUAGCGCUUGGAAAGCUACACGGCAGCAACAAUGCUGGUAGCGACAUCUCGUGGCGCAUAGUUUAACUGGAGAACACGCAAAGGUAGUACUGCCGUGACCUGUGUUCCUACUUAACUGCUAGCGUAAAUCAUUAGCAGUGACUUAAUCAUGAACAUGCAGUCCUCUUGUGAUUUUUCAUGUAAAUAUUUUUCAAAUGCGUUGUAGUGGGACAGUGUGUCACCAGGUGUCGCUACCAGCUUUGCUACCUUAAAGCCCCCUUUAACUUCGUAAAGUAGUGCCACGCUUUGAAGAGUGCCACCUCCUCCUCGCGCGCUCUGGCCGAGGUCGACGCCACGUCGCUAUUGACCUAAUAGCAUCACUUGGGCCCUCGCGCCAUGCAUCAGUGCUAUUUUUGCAUGGAGUGGUGAAGAGCACAUGUUGGCACCGUUGCUACGCUCGAGCAGUGUAGGCGGCGCCACGGUUUAGGAGGGAGCGUGAAAGAGAGGAGACACGAGGAGGAGUGAAGGUGGAGGAGGAGAGUGUCGCUACUUUACGAAGUUUAAGGGGCUUUAUGCUACCUGGCUUGUGUAAUCCAUAAACAGUGAGUAGUUUAUGGACAAGCUGAAAUUCUAAUGACAUCUAGCAGUUUGAGACAACUUUAUGAAGUUAAAUUAAGCUUUUUGCAACCUUAAAGUACUUGCUAAGUGUGAUCCUCUUGCAUGACAAGAAGCACGUGCUAGAGUCUCUAACUUUGAAAGUACAUGUCAGUACUCCUUUAAAAUUGGCUUAAUACAUUUGUUGUGUUGUGAAACACAUUUUUUUCUCACUAAGUGUGCAUUCAGCAGCUCUUUCUGCUGCCACUGAACAGGUUGCAUUGCUUUUGCUAGAAGUCUAAGGCAAGCUCACAAUUUGAAUGCACGAGUUCGCUUUGCUUGUGCAUCAGUCUGAUAAGAGCAGUUACAUGGACUCCACUGUUGAGUAGCCAUUGCAGACUUUCGUAGCUGUAAGCAAUAGAGGAUUGUAUGUUGCAAACUGCUUAAAAUGAUGGUGGAACAACAAUUUAAUGAAAAUUGUUUUGUUCGGCUUUUGCACUAGUGUACUGAACGCUUGGGCCAGGUUUUUCCUUGUCACUUCGUUGAGCGACGUGCAAGCAGCAGUGUUCUUCAGCAUUUUCAGCAUUUCUUCAAAAAUCAUGCAUGUCCAUGUGCAAUUAAGUUUGGGCAACUAGAGAAAAAUAUUCACUGCCGAGUAAAAGGACUUUGUGUGUGUUAAAUGCACGGACAAGCAAGUUAUUGCCUCGGUCUGUGCUGGUCAGCGUUAAGGAUUGGAAACUUAAAACUGUAUCUCAAGCAUUGCUUUGCCAUAAUAUGAUAGAGGGAAUACACAUCCAAGCGCAUUUAACAUUAAAGGGAACUCAAAACACGUUUUCAUCAAUAUUGAACAUGCACUUUAGUGAGUGCACUGCUUUCCAAACAGUAUACUAUUCCUGCAAAAAUGUUCGGAAGCGACCUAGUUGCAAAUGGAGAUAUAAAGAGCGUGAUGCUUACUUACCCUGUUCCUUAACACAUUUCGUCUUGGCUGGUGUGGCGCUGAUAGUGAUGUUCCUAUUGCUCCUUCUUUCGGCAGUGCAUUUAUGGUAACCCUUAAAGGCUGGCGUCUGACAAAAGUGCCCAAGAUUGACAAAGAAGCGGUGACAAGAUGGGUUAACAGUAGCUGCUUCCCCAUUCACAAGAAGAUUGGAGGGCUGUACACAAAUGUGCCAGCUUUUGUUGAGUAACUCAUGAUCCACCUAAGAGCUGUUGCACAGGUGUACGACGUCAUAGAUAAGGGGCACUAUGGGGGUUCCCUUGAGCCACAGGACAGAGAGAGAGAGAGAGAACUAUUUUUUUACAAGAGAUUGUGGGCUCUCUACUGCAUGCAGCAAAUUAUUGGCUCACAUGUUCAUGGCAGCAUUGGCUACAGAUUGGAAAUGUUUUCUUGCCGUGUUCAUAAAGUGUUGCAAUGCCCCUUUAAAUGCUGGAAUGUGCCAUAUCACACUUUCCUGCGGCAACAAAUGCUAGGCGUUCUUCCGCAAGAAGCCUGGCAUACUUCUAACUGGUGAUGGUCACUUGCAUGGUCUGUGAACUUCUGCCACUCGGCGUACAUUCCUCACGAUAAGUUCCCACCCCCCUCCUUUCUUGUUCUGAAUUGUUAUGGUGCAGUUUCUACUUUGAAUUGCUGCAGCACGUUUUUGUCCAGUAUCUGUUCCCAGGAAUGCAAGAGCGGCUUUGCCUAGGAAUGGAAAUCCUUUCUAGUCCGACAUCUUUUAUAAAAGUCUGAAAGAUUUUACAUGUUUAUAAACACAGUGUGGAAGGGUAGGAAGGUGGUCUACAAUCAACAUGUGAUGACGCUCACACUGCUGUACACAGUUGUCUUUAUGGUGAGAAUUUCUUCCCCUUCUCAUUUGAUGGCUGUUCUUGUUAAAAGUAGGCACAGCUUGAAUUCCUCAUGGCACUUGUGAUUUCUGUGUAGGUAAAAUAAUAUAAUGGGGUGCCGUGGAACUGGCUGUCUGCAGGUUAACAGAGCAUUUGUCAGAGCAGCUUCAACUUUGAGAAGGUCUGCAAGCUAAUUUAGCCUGAAUGGCAAGGACUUUGAAAGAUCAGUACUUGAAAGUUCUCGUAGAGCACAACUUUUCAUUCAUGGGGUGCUGCUGUCUGGGAAAUGCUGUCGUAGGCUAGUAAUCCGAGUAUUCUUGUACUGUUUAUGCAGUACAACUACACUGGAUUAUCUGUCUGAAGCUAGGGACACCUGUACAGCUUUCUUGUUUUAUACAGGUUGGCCGUAACACUGCACUGGGCAGCUCAAUUGGAAAGCCUCUGCAAUAAUGACCCAAGAUGUCGAUGCCAUAGCUGUUAAAAGCUAUCUACUGAAGGCAGCAGCUGUUUGAUGAAAUAACCUUUCCUUAGUCAAACAGAAACACUGAAACGAAUAUUAAUUUUUACCCUAAAUGCAGCCCAACGGGUUAAUUACACCUCAAAAAGAUUGAUUUCACUCUCUUUAGGAGUGUAUGAUAUGCUAUGGAACACAAAAAGCAUCUUGUGCAAUUCCUGUUGGUAGAGUACCAAGCACAUUAAGAAGAAAUGGACAUGGGAAUGAGUCAUGCGCAAUAAAAUUGUACCCUAGCAAGUGUUGAAUUAUUCAGUGGAUUUAGCAUAAAUUCUUUAAUGGUGCUAUUUCCAACAUAGGUUAAUCAUUUCCUUGCAGCAGACGGUCAAUGAAGAGUGCUAAAGUCUACUUCAGCCCCUUGUGUUUGGGCUUUUUUUGUCAAGCAUAUUAUUUAUUUCGAUGUUAUCAACUUAUUUACCUUUCUAUGCUUUCUACUCAUAUGCGCUAAGUAUGUCCGAGAACAAGGGACUCAUUUUACCAUGAGGAGCCACAGCUCUGUACAUGCACAAGAAUGACAGUGAAUGGUGCAAGGCUACUUAUUAUGGUUUGGAGGAGUUCUGUCCAACAAGAAUUUCUUUUUUCAAAUAAAUGUGGCCAUGAAGGCUUUGCAGAGCAAUUGGCUACCAUUGCA